AUGGUGUCCUGUGGAAAUAAAUUUGAUGAAGUUUUUACACUUAUAAAGUCAGUCAUGCUUAUCACAAAAUAUGAUGUUCUUUUUCAUCUGUUCACUGAUGACAAAGAGAUGAACUUUGACAAAAAGCAACGAUUCUCAAAUUUUUUUUAUAAAAUUUACGCCAUACAAUAUCCUCCAUAUGUCGAUGAAGCAGAAUGGAAAACUUUAUUUAAACCUUGUGCCACUCAACGAAUUUUUCUGCCCCUAGUCCUAGCAAGCGUGGAUUCCAUCAUCUACCUGGACACCGAUGUGCUGUUCCUUCAGCCUAUCAACAAACUCUGGGACGUGUUCGAGACUUUCAAUGCAAUUCAAAUAUCGUCAAUGACGAAGGAGCAUGAAGAGGCAUCGGCAGGCUGGUACAACAGGUUCGCAAGACACCCAUUCGUACCUCCAUAUGGCAUUAACUCAGGUGUGAUGUUGAUGAAUUUAACGCGUAUGAGAGACACCAAAUGGGUUGAUGAAAUUAUAUCCUUCCACAGGAAAUAUAAAUAUGAUAUCACGUGGGGCGACCAAGACCUCAUAAACAUCUACUUCCACUUCCACCCUGACAAACUUCAUGAAAUAUCUUGCAACUGGAACUACAGACCGGAUCACUGCAUGUACAUGAGCACGUGCAAGGAGGCUGAGGUUGAAGGCAUCUUUGUUGUGCAUGGCAAUCGGGGAGUCUUCCACAAUGAGAACAUGCCCACUUUCAAAGCUGUUUACGAUUCUCUUUUUCAAUUUCCAGAUGAAGAGUACGAUGAUUUAAUAAUAUUAAGACAAAAUCUUGAAAAUAACUUGAAACGUUACGAGGAUACCAGAUGCGGAAGUAUGGGUAAUUUAUUUUUAAAAAAUUACGAAAAAUAUCUGACAUGA